CACUCCCACCACACACACCCCCCUCUCUCUCUCUCUCUCUCUCUCUCUCUCUCUCUCUCUCUCUCUCUCUUCCAAUCACCCAUUUCUUAAUCAAUCAUUAAUCUUUCUUCUGUUAAACCAAAGCCAAAGAAACCCCACAAAGUUUAAAAAAGAAAAAAGAAAAGUAAUUACUACUACUACCAUUUUGUUCCAACAACAACAACCAGUCCCUCCAAGAAACCAGAAGAUUCCCAUAAAUAUAGCGCUAAAGUUUCACGCCCUCAUCACCACCAACACUAUAGCCACCCUUUUUCUUUUUCUUAUCUCCAUUUCCACUAUCACAACCAAUCCUUCAUUACUACGGAAAAUACAACCAAAAAAAUAAAGGAAGGAUUCGGUCAAACCCUAACCCUAAGCUUUUUCCAAGAAAAUCCAAGGAAAUUUGGUGAUUUCCUUUGAAAACAAGAAAUACCCAAAGUGGGUAUUGCUCAAAUUUCCAAGAUUUGGCAGAAGUGUCAUUGUAAUGUCCCAAAUGAAGCACAUUGACAAUAUCCCAUCAACCCCUGGAAAGUUCAAGAUGGAAAAGUCCCCUUACAAUAGGCUAAGGGUGCAUUUUUCCUUGGCCAAGCUUACAUUUUGGUCAUUUGUAUUCUUGGGUUUGAUCUUUGUGUUCUUCUAUAGAUCACCAGCUUCUUCAUCCCCUGUUUCUUCAGAUCUCUCUAGAAGAUCUCUCAGAACCAGCUCCUACGGUGGUCCAGCUUGGGAAAAAAGGAUUAAGGCUUCAGCUAAAGUAAGGUCACGUAAUGGUAUUUCUGUAUUGGUUACUGGUGCUGCUGGUUUUGUAGGAACUCAUGUCUCUGUUGCCCUUAAACGGCGAGGAGAUGGCGUCUUGGGGCUGGAUAAUUUCAAUGAUUACUAUGAUCCCUCGCUCAAGAGAGCGCGCCAAGCGCUCUUAGAACGAACGGGGGUGUACAUUGUUGAGGGUGACAUCAAUGAUGCCACCCUUUUGAAGAAACUGUUUGAUAUUGUUCCAUUUACUCAUGUAAUGCAUUUGGCUGCACAAGCAGGUGUACGUUAUGCCAUGGAAAAUCCUGGCUCAUAUGUUCAUAGUAAUAUUGCUGGUCUUGUUAAUGUACUUGAAAUUUGCAAAAGUGUCAAUCCUCAACCUGCUAUUGUAUGGGCAUCAUCUAGUUCUGUAUAUGGAUUGAAUACUAAAGUACCCUUUUCAGAGAGGGAUAGGACAGAUCAGCCUGCUAGUCUUUAUGCUGCUACUAAAAAGGCUGGUGAAGAAAUUGCUCAUACCUAUAAUCAUAUCUAUGGGCUUUCAUUAACUGGAUUGAGAUUUUUCACCGUUUACGGACCAUGGGGUAGGCCAGACAUGGCUUACUUCUUUUUCACAAGGGAUAUCUUGAAGGGAAAAUCGAUUCCCAUAUUCGAGGCAGCUAACCAUGGCACGGUAGCUAGGGAUUUUACCUACGUAGAUGAUAUAGUGAAGGGUUGUUUGGCAGCACUGGAUACUGCGGAGAAGAGCACUGGAAGUGGUGGGAAGAAGAAAGGCCCUGCUCAAUUGCGGGUGUUUAAUUUGGGGAACACAUCCCCGGUCGCGGUUUCUGAUCUUGUCAGCAUUUUGGAGAGGUUGCUAAAGGUGAAGGCUAAGAGAUUGGUGAUGAAGUUGCCAAGGAAUGGGGACGUGCAGUUUACUCAUGCGAAUAUAAGUUCGGCCCAGAGGGAGCUUGGAUAUAAGCCUAGUACGGAUCUGCAGACCGGAUUGAAGAAAUUUGUUCGAUGGUACCUCAAUUACUAUGGUAAUGGAAAGAAGAGUGCCCAGUGAUACAUUCUUUCGAUUGUGCGGUAGGAUCCUACCAUUCAAUUCUUGUUCAUUUUGAUUCUUAUGAUUGUUUUUAAAAGCAUCUCCGAUCGCUGCCCUACUUUCUUGCUUUCUAUAUCUUGAUGAUGAAGCACAUCAGAUCCCCUGAUGAUGAAGUUUUGUGGUGGAUGCACAUUGUUUGCUUCAAAAUGCAACCUGAAACAAACUUUUGUUACUUUUGGAAUGUAAUUGUUGUAGUUUUAUCAAUUUAGGAUUCAUGAAUGAUAGACUACUGCUGAUUGAUGGACAGCAGACAUGUAUCACUUGUUAAAUUCUAAUAAACGUAGCACACGAUAGUUCCACAUUUGUGAUCUUCCAUAGAUUUACUUGGUUAGGACAUUUCUGAGAUCAUGCUUUUACAUGAAUGCUGAGGUUGUAUAUUUCUUAUUUUGGCGGUUAAUAUAGUAUUCUGUACUUUGUGAUUCUA